AUGGGGGCAAGCGAGUUCCAGCUGAAAAAGCACCACUCGAUCCCAAAGCCCGAGAAGCCUCUCCUAGUGGUGGUCUUGGACGGCUGGGGAGAGGCCCCAGAUGACGAGUUCAAUGCCAUCUCAAGGGCCGAGACACCCUGCAUGGAUUCUCUCAAGGAAUCGAAACCGGAUAGAUGGAUGCUGCUGAAGGCUCACGGCACGGCCGUGGGCCUGCCCUCCGACGAUGACAUGGGAAACAGCGAGGUGGGGCACAACGCACUUGGCGCUGGACAAGUGGUGAGCCAAGGAGCGGCGCUGGUGGACAAGGCGCUGGAGAAGGGGGAGCUGUUUGAUCAUGACGGCUGGAAGUACCUGGAGCCAGCGGCAAAGGAGCACACGCUGCACCUGAUCGGCCUGCUGUCUGAUGGCGGCGUGCACAGCCGCUACAACCAGCUGUGGCUGCUCAUCCAGGGGGCAGCAGAGCGGGGCGUGAAGCGGAUCAGGGUACACACGCUGACAGACGGGCGCGACACGGAGGAUGGCACCUCGGUCAAGUUCAUGGCGCAGCUGCAGAAAGACCUCAGAUCCCUCGAGGGCAAGGGGUGCGAUGCGCAGGUCGCAUCCGGCGGCGGCCGCAUGAUCACCACCAUGGACAGAUACGAGUCGGACUGGAAUGUAGUGAAGCGUGGGUGGGAGGCGCAUGUACUUGGAGAGGCGCCCAACAAGUUCAAAGACCCAGUGGAAGCCAUCAAAGCGCUCAAGGCGAGCCAUUGUGACGGGCGCCGGUGCAAACUGCAGAAGCCAAAGGAGGCUGGCGGGAAGCCGGUGUCGGACCAAUGGAUCCCCCCGUUUGUCAUAGUGGACGACGAUGACAACCCAGUCGGGCCUAUUCAGGAUGGAGAUGCGGUGGCGAUCUUCAACUUCAGGGCGGACAGAGUGGUGGAGCUGUCCAAGGCGUUCGAGUACAAGGACUUCAAGCAUUUCGACCGCAAGCGCCACCCGGAUGUGCGGUUCGCGGGCAUGAUGCAGUACGACGGGGAGCUGAAGCUGCCGGCGCACUUUCUGGUCCCGCCACCGGCGAUCAGCCGCACCACGGGCGAGUUCCUGGCGAAGAGUGGGGUGUCCACAUUCGCAUGCAGCGAGUCCCAGAAGAUCGGCCACGUCACCUUCUUCUGGAAUGGCAACCGUGCCGCGCCCUUUGACAAGAAGCUCGAAACCUUCCACGAGGUGCCGAGCGAUCAGAACAUCCCCUUCAACGAGAAGCCGGCCAUGCAGUCGGCCAAGAUCACAAAGCUGGGCAUCGAGGCUCUCAAAAGCGGCAAGUACGACCAAGUGCGGCUCAACUUCCCCAACCCGGACAUGGUUGGCCACACGGGCGACCUUGAAGCCACCAUCUCAGCCUGCAGCACCGUGGACAGCUGCGUCCAGGAGUUGAUAAAUGCUGUGGAGGAGGUUGGGGGCACCUGGCUGGUGACGGCGGACCACGGCAACGCAGAGGACAUGGUGCAGCGCGACAAGAAGUCCGGCAAACCGCUGAUGGAGGAUGGCAAGCCGCGCAUACUCACAUCCCACACCCUCAACCCGGUGCCUGUGGCUAUGGGCGGGCCAGGGCUGCCAGAGGGAGUAAAGUUCAGAACAGACCUGAAAGAGCCGGGCCUCGCGAAUGUUGGCCCAACCAUCAUCAACCUGCUGGGCUUUGAGGCGCCGGACAACAUGGUGCCCACACUCCUGUCAGCCUGA